CCUUGCCAUACGCAACGAAAUCUUGCGGAUCCUUACCAACAUAUUACAGAGUCCCACUAUGUUGCACUCAUGUUACAAGAAUACAGGUUGGCUGUGUUUGUUCACCGCCACGCAAUUGCGCCAUGCUGACUACUUAAGUCUCGGCGACCUGAACUUUCGUUUUCAGUCUCUCCUUGCUGCCUCGCACAACCCAACUGACCGCACUCACUCCUUGACGAUAGGCUUUCUUGACAAGCCUCUCGCAGACGCCGCACAAGGCUGUGCUUUCCCCGGCCCUUGUACUUCCGAGUCAAAGCUCAAUCACGGCUACAAUGCCUCGUUGCCCCGGAUGUGCAGCACCCUACAGCAGCGCCGACCGUGCCCUAACGUUGCACAAGAAGUGUCAGGCGACUUAUGAUCAGGCCCGCAAUGCCUGGGAAACCGAGCAACAGAGGGCGGCCAAGCGACGGCAAGGCGGAUGAUGAUGAACAGACUGGAUACACGACAGGUACGUACACCGGACUCGGCAUAUCUCUAGAAGCUGAAGAGUUCCAAAACACCAGAUGCACAUUCACCAGUGUAUUUCGA